AAAAAAGAAAACAAACCUACUUUCUGCCUACAUGCAUUGUGCACAUUAAAAAAUAGUUUAAACAGAGCCGACUUCUAUUGUAGUACCUACUGCAGACGUGUUUGGUGGUGGUUUCGUAAUAGCCAUGGGCCGUGCUGGUAAGAUUGCAUCUUUGACUAUCUUGAUGAAAGUAGUAUCAUGUUCCAUAGUUGGUUUAACUUACAUGGACCUCCUCAAUUUGGUUCCAUCUACACCUCACUUGAGGGGCGAAGAUCCUUGCAAGCCACUUUACUGGUACCCUAGACAAAUUCCUGAUUACUGCUACGCUCCAAAACCUGAUGUCGCACCAAUGCCAUUGCCUUUACCUCCGCCUCCGCCGCCAAUGCUGCUACCGUUGCCUCCGCCGCCAAUGCCGCUACCGUUGCCGAUGCCUCCACCUCCAAUGCCGCUACCCAUGCCGAUGUAUUUACCAAUGCCGGGGCCUCUAGCACUGCCUCCACCGAUACCAGGACUAAUGCCUCUUCCACAGUACGCUGCACCCGCACCUAUGCCCUUGGGAUCUCCUGCAUACCCACCGAAUUUACUGCCAGGACCUAUUCAAAGAGGCUUAGUUCCAGGUGUGGAGGGUCUAGUAUCUCCUGACGGAGCUAUAAACAUUCUGCCAUUUUCGGAUGCGUAUUCAGAGCUACUGGAGAAACACAAACAGAAAAUGAUAAGAAGAAGGCUGCAAAAACUUCUCGACGAAUACGAAUACCAUCCGAAGAAAAAACAUCACCGAAGUCAUGGCUGGAUGGAUCAUUAGUAGAUAAUACCGGUUAGUUGAAUUGAGAUGUUUCCAUUAAAUAAAACAAAUAUAUAAUAAUUAAACAUUUAUUACAAGUAUUUAUUAAUAUAGGUACUUAUACCUAAGUUUACAUUAAAACGUGACUUAAACAAGA